AUGGAGAAAACUGAAGCAGACUCAGGUUCGAGCUCAAAGCGCCCAGCAGAUAGUAAAAUUCCUAGCGGAGUUACCAUCAUGUCGGAAGCCACGACUCUUACCGAGAGCCAGCUUAAAUGAUACAAGCAUAACAAGUUAUUUGAAGCUAUCAACAUUCAGGGUAAUCAGUUGAUGUGUAUCGAUUGUGUAAAAGAGUCGAAAAAUAAAUCCGAAAAGCUUCAAAUCAGUGAUCUUAGCUUGAUAAUACAAGACAAAAUUACUGAGAACAUUGAGAUACUGGAGAGAUAUCAGACCAUUUACUCCAAAGAAAGCUCGAUUAAUGAUUUACUACGCAAAGUCUUCAAGUCCAUGCAUGAAAUCCUUUACGAGAUUGAGCACAACAAGAGGCUUGAACUUGACUACAUCGGAGUAGGACUGCUUAAGUACAGUUCGUUUGCAGAUGCCAACUCUGGACAAUCAUCGAAUCAGAUUUACCAGGCAGAUGGAACAAAGAUAAAGUCGGAUUCAGACCAAAUCGAGACCAAGGAAAUCUUCACAAAGCUCCAGGAAAUGCAGAAGCAGAUAGGAAAAUAUGUGAAAGAGCAAAACUAUCUUGAGUGAUUCAAACUCAGAGAUGAAUAUCAGGCUAUAUGUAAUAAAGCCCUGAGUAAAAUGCAGAACUUCGAGAAAUAUGGGUCUACCACGCCAGACAUUGAUGCAGCCUUUAAUAACUUGUUCAGAGGAGCAGAGCAAGCAGAGUCUUCUGCAGAGCUACUCUUUCCUCUUGGGGAUAUUGAAGCCAAGCUUAAUGAUAUUGUAAACUCAUUUGCAAGAACUGAUAAGCUUAGAUUAACUCCUGGAAGUCAGCCUCCAAGGAUUAAAGAUGACAAGAUCCACGAAAUUAUUGGAGUUGAGAAGAACUUCAAGCACAAAAAUGAUGUACUCUGUGUGCUGAGUCUCAAGAACGGAAUGAUUGUAUCUGGAUCUUCUGAUGCUAGUAUUCGUAUUUGGGAUCCCAAGUCAGGCAAAUGAGUCAAAGUCCUUGAAGGUCAUACCCACACAGUGCUCUGCAUCAUUGAGCUUGAGUCUGGGUAUCUAGCUAGUGGCUCGAUGGACCAGACAGCUAUUAUUUGGAAUCCUAAUAAUGGCAAGAUAGUGAAUAUCUUGGAAGGCUUCCAGAACCCUAUCAUAGGCCUAGUGGAGUACGACCAGAAGCAGCUUGCUAUCAAUUUCAAUGAGCCAUUACUAUUAGUAUGGAGCUGGAACAAUUCUUCAAAGUCGUCGGGGAGUUCAAGCACAUUUUCUCUCGGUGACUCAGGCUUGUCUUGAGUACAAAAACAUGAAGAUUUCUUAAUCUGAGGGUGAGAAGAUGGCAUGAUUUGCAAGAUUGAGCCAGGCAAUUCCACAAAGCCAACUUUGAAAUAUAUGGAGCACUCUGACGUAAUCUUGGACAUCAAGUCUGUGAAUGAGAGAAUGUUCGUAUCCAACUCCACAGAUUUAUCAAUAAUCUUAUGGGAAGCUGCUACUGCUGAUGUGCUCAAAACAAUAAAACUUUGAGAUGACAUUUGCUUGGCAAUGAACUACGAUAAAGAUCUUGACAUGUUGAUAUUCGCAUGACUUGAUGGCAAGAUCCAGGCUGUGGACUUAUCUCCAGAAAUUGAAGAAGUCAAAGUCAAGUAUACUCUUCAUCAAGAAAGUGCAGUGUACUUCUGAGCAUGGAUUGGCUUCAAAGAAAUGAAGAUUUUGAAGAAAGGCAAGAACGGCCCUUCUGAAGAUAUCCACAACCAAGUUAUUAGGGAAGAAGUUGAAUCAGCAAGGUCCGAUAAAGACAAGAAUACUGGCUCGCCAGGUGGAGCUGAAGAAAAGAAAGAAUUAAAUAUCGGCAAGGUUGAGCUUGGAGGUCAAAAGCCCAAGAUCAACAUGAAUCUGGGGAUUGGCCAAGCACUUCCUGGAAAGAAGCAAAAAGUUAACAUCGCUGGCCUCCAAGGAAUCAACAAACAAGUUCUUGAAGAUCCUCAGGUAGAGGAGAUGCGUUCACAAGGAAUGUGAUAUGUCAUUGCCACUAUUGACCAAGAGAAUAGCAAUACCCUGAUUCUGUGGGACUUGCAAGGAGACGGAGAAGACAAGCCAACAAAAAUAUGCGAGAUCGACACUGGUUUUACAAGUGAUGAAGUCACUUGUAUGAUCAAAGGAAAUGACGACAAGAUUUAUAUUGGAGGAAGAGAUGGUAGCUUGAAAGCAAUAUGCAUCACAGAUGCUGCAAAGUAAAUCCAUACCAGAGUCGUGGUUGAGAAGGCAAAUAGCUUCAGCCACAAGUAAUUUGCCUUUACCUGUUUACA